GGCGUGGGAGGAAGGCCGUACUCUCGCGAGAACUCUGCCUUUCAGGCCCGUGGCUCGUAGGACUUGGGGUGUGUGGGUCCAUCGAAGGUUCCGCUCGGGUCCGCCGCACGGAAGCCCUCGGAGCUGGGACAGUGAGCAGGAUGAAUCCCUCCCUGGAACAGAGUAGUGGCUGCAAUAACCGAGAACCGCUCCAGAGAUGCACUGACGCCCGCAGGGAGCUGGAGCUUGCUAUUGGCGGAGUGCUCCGGGCCGAUAAGCAAAUUAAAGACAACCUGCAAGAGGUGAAAGCUCAGAUUCACAGUUGCAUAAGUCGUCACCUGGAAUGUCUCCGAAGCCGUGAGGUGUGGCUGUAUGAGCAGGUGGAUCUCAUCUACCAGCUCAAAGAGGAGACGCUCCAGCAGCAGGCUCAGCAGCUCUACUGGUUACUGGGCCAAUUCAAUUGUCUCAUUCAUCAACUGGAGUGCACCCAGAACAAAGACCUUGCCAAUCAGGUUUCUGUUUGCCUGGAGAGAUUAGGCAGUUUGACCCUUAAGCCUGAAGAUUCAACUGUUCUCCUCUUUGAAGCCGACACGGCUGCUCUGCGCCAGACUAUCACCACAUUUGGCUCCCUCAAGACCAUUCAAGUUCCAGAGCACCUGAUGUCUCAUGCUAGUUCAUCAAAUGUUGGCCCUUUCCUAGAGAAAAGGGGUUAUAUCCCAGUGCCAGAGCAGAAGUCAGCAUGCGGAGGCACAGCUGUUCCUCUCAGUGAAUGGCUUCUUGGAAGUAAACCUGCCACUGGGCAUCAGUCUCCGUAUGUACCCAGCACCAACCCCCAGGACUGGCUCACCCCAAAGCAGACCUCCGAGAGUAGUCAGACUCCUGCCAGAGCCUGCAGUUUCUUCAGUAAUGUCUGGGGCAACUUAAAGGGCUUAGAAAACUGGCUCCUCGUGAGUCAGCAAAAAGAAUUUCCUGGAAAAUCAAGUUCCCCAAAGUGUAACAGUAGUUCUACCACCAGUACUUUCUCCAGUGAAGUUGAAAAGGCAGAAGACAUGGAGUUCCUGGAUCAAGAUGAGCUGCGCCUGUCAGACUGGCUGGUGACGCCUCAGGAUCCCCUCAAAGUGGAGAAGCCUGAGAAUGGUGACCCUGAAGCCAGUGAGAAGUGGAAACUCCUAUUUCAGGUGUUCAGGGAGCCCUACAGUGUGAGUGAGUGGCUCGUAAAGUCCGACUCCUGUACCAACUGUCGGGGUAACCAACCCAAGGGUGUGGAGAUUGAAAACCUGGGCAAUCUGAAGUGUCUGAAUGAGCACUUGGAGGCCAAGAAACCACUCUCCCUCCCCAGCAUGGCUGCUGAGGACUGGCUUGUCCAGAACCAUCAGGACCCAUGUAAAGUCGAGGAAGUCUGCAAAGCCAACGAGCCCUGCACAAGCUUUGCAGAGUGUGUGUGUGACGAGAACUGUGAGAAGGAAGCUCUGUGCAGAUGGCUUCUGAGGAAAGAAGGAAAGGAUAAGAACGGCGUGCCCGUGGAGCCCAAAUCUGAGCCCGAGAGACACAGAGAGUCCCUGGCUAAGUGGCUGCAUCCUGACAGGAGAGCGCUCACAGACCCAACUAAGGCCCCAAAGGCAGUGGCUCCUGCUGGAGUCUCUGACUCCUUCCAAGUCAUCCGGAACAGUUCCUUGUCACAGUGGCUCAUCAGGCCUUUCUGCAAAGGAAGUCCCAAGGAAGUGCUUGGUGCUGAGGACAGAGCUGCCAAAGACAAGCCCAAGAGCCCUGUGACUGCUUCCUGGUGCCCCUUCAACACUGCCGACUGGGUUCUGCCAGGAAAGAAGAUGGGAAACCUCAGCCAGUUCUGCCCUGGAGAGGACAAGUGGCUACUUCGGAAGAAGGCCCAGGAAGUAUUUCUUAAUUCACCCCUAAAAGAAGAACGUAACUUUCCCCCAGACUGUUACGGCCUCCCAGCAGUUUGUGAUCUCUUUGCCUGUAUGCAGCUUCAAGUUGAUAAAGACAAGUGGUUAUAUCGAACUCCUUUACAGAUGUGAAGAGAAGGACCAUUAGACUCGGCAGCCUUUUCAGAUGAUCAUAUGCGUCCUUGAGCUGAGCAACCGCAACCUGCCAAAUCAUUGUGUAUUCUGGGUCUGAUUAGUGGGCUCUGUUCCUGUCCUGCCUCACUCUGAACUAGAAGAACAAUCACCAACUUAUGAGUUAUUUUGUAAGAGGCUUUUGAUGCUAACGUGAUUCAUUUCCUUCUUACGGAAGUACUGACUUGAUUACUCUCACACUAGAAAUAGCAUCUUGGUGCAUAGGCCUUCACCUCCUUCCAUGGUAAAUUAAACACUGUAGUUACAAAAGUGAAAUUUUCUAUAAUCAGAGUGUGUUAAUGUGUUUCAAACUAGUCACUUCCCUGACCUUUGGGUUACUCUAGAUGUUCUCUUGCUGUGGGCUUUCUUCUAGUGCUCUGAAAGGUUUCUGUGGAGUUCAUAUGUAGGCCAUUUCACACACAUAAUUAACUUUACCAAUACAGUGUACUUUCUCCUCACCAAAGUGUGUAUUAGCUGUCCUGUAGUUUUUGACAUUAAUCACUAGAUAUUUUAGUUUAUGUUAUAUUUUUCCACAUCUGAAAAUUAAGCCACCACAAAUUUUGCCUUUAUUUCUGAGUGUUAAGGUAUGCUGUGAGUGCUCUGAAAAGGAUUCUGUUGCUUUAAGAACACUUUCAGGGCAGUAAUAGCCUUGCUAUCCUGCAGACCUCCAGGCUUAAAGAGCAGAAAAGGUGAGAUGUAUAGGAAAUACAGUACUCAACCACUCACUGUCCUAGGGGUUACUGGUGCAUCCUGUGUAAACGGAGGCUGAGAUUGACAUCUGGUGCUCUUAACUAGGGAUAAAGUCACCGUCUUGUCCCCCUGCACAGCAUUCACGGACCUCGAGAAGUACAAUGCCGUGCCAUCUUAGUGAACAGACUGUGUUCAAUAUUUGUGCCUUGGGGUGUUUACUGAAACUUCAUAAAGUACUGCUAUCCUUAGUAAUGUUCACGUUGUAAGAAGUUUCUCUGUAGAGAAGUGGGAUUUAUAAUGCUUGAAAAUUCUCCAGGGUAAGGAUCUUAGCUAGUUUUCAGGCUUUGAAACUAUUAAACCUAACUCCCAUGUUAUCAGAAAUAGUUCCAAGGAAACUCCCUAGCCAUACAAUGACACUGUCAUACAUCUUCACUAGAAUGUUCGAACCACAGUUCAAAAGACCUUCAUUGCUGGGCGUGGUGGUGCACGCCUUUAAUCCCAGCACUCGGGAGGCAGAGGCAGAAGGAUCACCAUGAGCUCGAGGCCACCCUGAGACUACAUAGUGAAUUCCAGGUGAGCCUGGGCUAGAGUGAGACCCUACCUCGAAAACCAAAAAAAAAAAAAAAAAAGACCUGGCCUUCGUGCCCCCGCCCUCCAGCACCACUGGGGCCACUGUAAAGGCGAAGUGCGCGCCAAGUUAGGGACCCUUCCCGACAUCUUAGGGUUGCACGAAACUGCGCUUUUUUUUUUUUAGGUCUAACACUGUAUCUUGCAUUAUAAUUAAAAUGUAAUUUACAUCAAUCACUAUGCUAAUGAAAAACAUCCUUUUGCAUUGAUGAGUUUUAUAACUUCAUUAAAAGCAUAAUGACCACA